AGAAAAAGAACCAAAUAGGGAUAAGAUUUCAAUCGAAAUUUGAUGCAUACAAGGGCGGUCCGUAUCCUCUGGAUCCUAGGCCCAUACUUGAUCAUAAACCCAUGACCCAUCUCUCCUCCUAAACCCUUCUUCUCCCCUUCCGCUCUCUUUGCACUUUUGUUUUUCCAGGCUUCUUCGCUGGCAAAAUGGGUUCACUCGCUGUGCGAUUCGCAAAGCUUUUGAGACCCUCUAAUUCUAUCACACCCACGUCUUCUCUUGUGAUUAGUGUGCAAAGAAGCUCAAAGUCGUGGUGCUCGACUGUGCCAUUCAAUACUGACAAUGAUGAUGGAAAGAAAGAUGAUGUGAAAGAAGAUUUUGAUGACUUUCUCGGUGAGAAGGUAGAGGAGUUACAACCCCAAGGCGUGGAUCCCAGAAGGGGUUGGGGUUUUCGUGGUGUCCACAAGGCAAUUUUAUGUGGAAAAGUCGGGCAAGUCCCUGUGCAGAAGAACUUGAGAAAUGGCCGAAUGGUAACUAUCUUUACGGUUGGAACAGGGGGCAUGUUCGACCAAAGAAUUGUAGGAGCAAAAGACUUGCCUAAGCCAGCUCAGUGGCAUCGAAUUGCUGUGCAUAAUGACGCACUUGGAACAUAUGCUGUGCAACAGCUUGUCAAAAACUCUUCGGUUUAUGUUGAGGGUGACAUUGAAACUAGAGUUUACAAUGAUGCCAUCAAUGGUGAAGUUAAAAAUAUUCCAGAGAUAUGUGUUCGUCGUGACGGGAAAAUUCGCCUCAUAAGGGCUGGAGAAAGUCUCAGCAGUAUUUCCUUUGAGGAGCUUCGAGAAGGAUUGUUUUAACCGAGAGUCAAAUGGCAUGUUCUGGAAACUGAACUCAUGGGAAAAGCAAGCGGUUAAACUCUUAACUUUUGUAAGAAAUAUAUUGUUUAGCUAGCCUGACUGUAUCUGGGCUCUCUGACCUGGUUUUGAGUUGGCCCUUGUUUUUUUUCUGUCUAUUUAAGGAUGUCACCAUUUUUA